UGCGACAUUGGAUGACGUUGUAGCCGAGGAGGAGGUCUUGCUAAUCCAAACAUCGACGAAGAACGUUGACAGCAAUUUAUCCAUAACAAAUUCCUUAUACCUCAUCGACUUAAUUAACAGUAUGGCUGCUCAGAAGAUAAACGAAGCCCAUGAGCACAUAGCUAAAGCUGAAAAAUGCUUAAAGACAAGUCUGACAAAGUGGAAGCCUGACUUCGACAGCGCCGCAUCAGAAUACGCCAAAGCAGCCGUGUGCUUCAAGAAUGCCAAGCAGUACGAGCAAGCAAAGGAUGCUUAUCUGAAGGAAGCUGAAUACCACACAGAAAACAAGGCGCUUUUCCAUGCUGCAAAGGCCAUUGAGCAGGCGGGUAUGAUGAUGAAGGAGCAAAAGAAGAUGCCAGAGGCCAUCCAGUACAUAGAGAAAGCCUGUAUGAUGUACAUGGAGAAUGGGACUCCUGACACGGCCGCCAUGGCUCUGGACCGGGCUGGAAAACUGAUAGAGCCUCUAAACCUCGAGAAAGCUGUGGACCUUUACCAAAAGGCAGCUGGUGUGUUCGAGAACGAGGACCGUCUGCGUCAGGCUGUUGAGCUGCUGGGAAAAGCCUCCAGACUCCUGGUCAGGUUAAAAAGGUUGGAUGAAGCGGCAGUCGCUCUGCAGAAAGAGAAGAACAUGUACAAAGAAAUCGAGAACUUCCCCAUGUGCUUCAAGAAGACGACUGCUCAGGUGCUGAUCCAUCUUCACCGAGGCGACUACGUAGCAGCCGACAAAUGCGUCAGAGAAAGUUACAGUCUGCCCGGCUACAGUGGGAGCGAAGACUGCGUUGCCAUGGAGACGCUACUGCAGGGCUACGACGAGCAGGACGAGGACCAGGUGUACCGUGUGUGCAACUCACCUUUACUGAAGUACAUGGACAACGAUUACGCCAAGCUGGCCAUUUCCCUGAGGGUACCUGGAGGAGGAGGAAAGAAGAAGAAGGCCGCUGCCGCUCCACAAGGCGGCGCCAGCGGGGCGCCGGCAGCUGCCGACGAGGAGGAGGACGAAUAUGAGGGAGGCCUGUGUUAACCUUCAUCCUCCAGAGUGCCGACUCGACCCAUCUGCUGCUCCUCCACCACUACACCCUCCACGUACGAGUUGAAACCCCCACAGAUCCGCUCAGUCCCGAAGCUCAGAUGUGUGGCUGCUUGAUCUUUAUCGUGCAAAACAUAAGAGAAUAAUAAUAAUAAAAAAAGCUCAUUUAAAACAGUCGGUGUCGCAGGUGAGCCGAGCCGAGUUUAAGCAGCCUUUUAAUUUGUGUUUCUUUGAGGUGGAUCCUCAGCGUAAUGAAAUAUCUUCAGUGUUCAAUAAUGUAUGAAAGCCUGUUGUGUGUAAAUGCUCUCUUAUUUCUGGUCUGUGAAGCUGUAAAUUCUGCUGUCAUUGUGAGUCUUAAAGUCACUGUAGGUAUACUGAAAUCAGAAACUGAAUAUUCUCUGACCGAUUGAUCGAUGUAUAGGUGUUCGUUUGUACAGAGGUAAUUUAUUCAGUAUUGAUGGCUGCGGCCUGUUGAAAACGUUACUGGAACAAUAUAUGCAAUCAGCUUAUUAAUGCAUGUUUGGAGUAAUGAAUCAAAACCGACAGCUUAACAAUAAAUGAUCGGCACUGCUGUUCUGUGCAGGUUAACUGAGGAAGAUUAAAAGAGGAGUAAGCAGCCCGUAGCCAGUUGUAAACCGUUUCCGUUUGUCUACCUCGAGGCGUGCGUUACCAUCCACCUUAAACCGCAGCACGAGCCUCAAAAUCAAAGCAACUAAAAGACGACGGAGGGACCACGGCCAUGUUUCCCCCUGCCGAUUUCCCGCCCAACGCCGAGUUCGUGUAUUUGUGAUUUAGCUCAACGCUCAUUCUGUAAACGUGACAUAACAGACGAGAUAAAUUUAUAUGCCGAUUAAAAUUAUUCUGAUACCACAUAAUAAAAGGUGAUAAAGGGACUGUUUACAUUAUUUUUGUUUUCUUAUUUGUGCAGUUGUGCACUCCUUGUAUAUUCCUCAGAACAGGCAACAAUAAACAUUUCAGUUGUGUGACA